CGCGCUGGCAAGUUUGCGGAACACUUUCUAGGAAUUAGGUCUUUUUCCUCCCCCUUCAUCUUCUUGACUUCUGAAGAAAGAACUUGGCUUUGGAUGGCAAUGGAGCCUGAGGAGAGAGGGUUAGACACACUUGAAUAAUCCCUCCGGCUGGGCUGAAUUUGUGGGAAUUUAGGAAGCCAGAGGGUGGAAAUACAGCAGCCUUUGGAGUGCCCUCUGUUAAUCUGGAUGGAUCUAAAUGUGCCCCACUCAAGACCUCUCCACUGACCCCUUCUGAUCUUGCGAUUUGCUCUUCUUGACUUUAAUGAGCAUCUAGGAAAGUCUAAACUUUGGACCUACCUCUUUUUUUGAUACUUAUUUUUGUACUUUUGCUCUCUGGGAUUGGUUUCUUAAACAAUCUGGAUCCUUUUUAAUAUGUCAAAAUGAGUCGGCUGAUGUUUACACAACUACUGCUCUGUGGAUUUUUAUAUGUUCGAGUUGAUGGAUCUCGUCUUCGCCAGGAAGACUUCCCCCCACGGAUUGUGGAGCACCCUUCAGAUGUCAUUGUCUCUAAGGGAGAGCCCACCACUUUGAACUGUAAGGCAGAGGGCCGGCCAACGCCCACCAUUGAGUGGUACAAGGAUGGUGAGCGGGUGGAGACUGACAAGGAUGAUCCCCGGUCUCAUAGGAUGCUUCUGCCCAGCGGAUCCUUAUUUUUCUUGCGCAUUGUACAUGGGCGCAGAAGCAAACCUGAUGAAGGAAGCUACAUCUGUGUUGCAAGGAACUAUCUCGGUGAAGCAGUGAGUCGAAAUGCAUCUCUGGAAGUGGCAUUGUUACGAGAUGACUUCCGGCAAAAUCCCACAGAUGUCGUAGUGGCUGCUGGAGAACCUGCGAUCUUGGAGUGCCAGCCUCCCAGGGGACACCCAGAACCCACCAUCUACUGGAAGAAAGACAAAGUUCGAAUUGAUGACAAGGAAGAAAGAAUAAGUAUCCGUGGUGGAAAAUUGAUGAUCUCCAAUACCAGGAAAAGUGAUGCAGGGAUGUAUACCUGUGUUGGCACCAAUAUGGUGGGAGAAAGAGACAGUGAUCCAGCAGAGCUGACUGUCUUUGAACGACCCACAUUUCUCAGGAGGCCAAUUAACCAGGUGGUGCUGGAGGAAGAAGCCGUAGAAUUUCGUUGUCAGGUCCAGGGAGAUCCUCAACCAAAUGUGCGGUGGAAAAAGGAUGAUGCAGACUUGCCAAGAGGAAGGUAUGACAUUAAGGAUGAUUACACAUUGAGAAUUAAAAAGGCCGUGAGUACAGAUGAAGGCACCUACAUGUGUAUUGCCGAGAAUCGGGUUGGAAAAGUAGAAGCCUCUGCUUCUCUCACAGUCCGAGCUCCUCCACAGUUUGUGGUUAGGCCAAGAGAUCAGAUUGUUGCUCAAGGUCGAACAGUGACAUUUCCCUGUGAAACUAAAGGAAACCCACAGCCAGCUGUUUUUUGGCAAAAAGAAGGCAGCCAGAACUUGCUUUUCCCAAAUCAACCCCAGCAACCCAACAGUAGAUGUUCUGUUUCGCCAACCGGAGACCUCACGAUUACCAACAUUCAGCGCUCGGAUGCGGGUUACUAUAUCUGCCAGGCUCUAACUGUGGCGGGAAGCAUUUUAGCAAAAGCUCAACUAGAAGUUACUGAUGUUUUGACAGAUAGACCUCCACCCAUAAUUCUACAAGGCCCAGCCAACCAAACACUAGCAGUAGAUGGUACAGCAUUACUGAAAUGUAAAGCUACUGGUGAUCCUCUUCCUGUAAUUAGCUGGUUAAAGGAGGGAUUCACUUUCCUGGGUAGAGAUCCAAGAGCAACUAUACAAGAACAAGGAACAUUGCAGAUUAAGAAUUUACGGAUUUCUGAUACUGGUACUUAUACUUGUGUGGCUACAAGUUCAAGUGGAGAGACUUCGUGGAGUGCUGUGCUGGAUGUGACAGAAUCUGGAGCAACAAUCAGUAAAAACUAUGACUUAAGUGACCUGCCAGGCCCACCAUCCAAACCACAGGUCACUGAUGUUACUAAGAACAGUGUCACCUUGUCCUGGCAACCAGGUACCCCUGGAGCCCUUCCAGCAAGUGCAUAUAUCAUUGAGGCUUUCAGCCAAUCAGUGAGUAAUAGCUGGCAGACGGUGGCAAACCACGUAAAGACCACAGUCUACACAGUGAGAGGACUGAGGCCCAAUACGAUCUACUUAUUCAUGGUCAGAGCCAUCAACCCGCAAGGUCUCAGUGACCCAAGCCCCAUGUCAGAUCCUGUGCGCACACAAGAUAUCAGCCCACCAGCACAAGGAGUGGACCAUAGACAAGUACAGAAAGAACUAGGAGAUGUCAUUGUCCGUCUUCAUACUCCAGUUGUGUUGACCCCCACCACUGUUCAAGUCACGUGGACGGUUGAUCGCCAACCCCAGUUUAUUCAAGGCUACCGAGUGAUGUAUCGUCAGACUUCAGGCCUGCAGGCUACAUCAACAUGGCAGAAUUUAGAUGCCAAAGUCCCAACUGAGCGAAGUGCUGUCUUAGUCAACCUGAAAAAGGGGGUGACUUAUGAAAUUAAAGUUCGACCAUAUUUUAAUGAGUUCCAAGGAAUGGACAGUGAAUCUAAAAUAGUUCGUACUACUGAAGAAGCCCCAAGUGCCCCUCCACAGUCUGUCACUGUGUUAACAGUUGGAAGCCACAAUAGCACAAGUAUUAGUGUUUCCUGGGAUCCUCCUCCUCCGGAUCAUCAGAAUGGAAUCAUCCAAGAAUACAAGAUCUGGUGCCUGGGGAAUGAAACACGAUUCCAUAUCAACAAAACUGUGGAUGCAGCCAUUCGAUCUGUGAUAAUUGGUGGAUUGUUCCCAGGUAUUCAAUACCGGGUAGAGGUUGCAGCUAGCACGAGUGCAGGGGUUGGAGUAAAAAGUGAGCCGCAACCAAUAAUCAUUGGGGGACGUAAUGAAGUUGUCAUUACUGAAAACAAUAACAGUAUAACUGAGCAAAUCACUGAUGUUGUGAAGCAACCAGCCUUUAUAGCUGGUAUUGGUGGUGCCUGCUGGGUAAUUUUGAUGGGUUUUAGCAUCUGGUUGUAUUGGCGAAGAAAGAAGAGAAAGGGACUCAGUAACUACGCUGUUACAUUUCAAAGAGGAGAUGGAGGACUAAUGAGCAAUGGGAGCCGCCCUGGUCUUCUAAAUGCUGGGGAUCCCAGUUAUCCAUGGCUUGCGGAUUCAUGGCCAGCCACGAGCUUACCGGUAAACAACAGCAACAGUGGCCCAAAUGAGAUUGCGAAUUUUGGACGUGGAGAUGUGCUGCCGCCAGUUCCAGGCCAAGGGGAUAAAACAGCAACAAUGCUCUCAGAUGGAGCUAUUUAUAGCAGCAUUGACUUCACGACCAAAACCACUUACAACAGUUCCAGCCAAAUAACACAGGCCACCCCAUAUGCCACCACACAGAUCUUGCAUUCCAAUAGCAUUCACGAAUUGGCUGUUGAUCUGCCUGAUCCACAAUGGAAAAGCUCCAUUCAGCAAAAAACAGACCUGAUGGGAUUUGGAUAUUCUCUACCUGAUCAGAACAAAGGUGGGAAAGGUGGAAAAAAGAAGAAAAAUAAAAACUCUUCUAAACCACAGAAAAACAAUGGAUCGACCUGGGCCAAUGUUCCUCUACCUCCUCCCCCAGUCCAGCCCCUUCCUGGUACAGAGCUGGAACACUAUUCAGUGGAACAGCAAGAAAAUGGGUAUGACAGUGAUAGCUGGUGCCCGCCAUUACCGGUACAAACAUACUUACACCAGGGUAUGGAAGAUGAACUGGAAGAAGAUGAUGAUCGUGUCCCAACACCUCCUGUCCGAGGCGUGGCUUCUUCUCCUGCUAUUUCCUUUGGACAGCAGUCUACUGCAACUCUUACACCAUCCCCACGGGAAGAGAUGCAGCCCAUGCUGCAAGCUCACCUGGACGAGUUGACAAGAGCCUAUCAGUUUGAUAUAGCCAAGCAAACAUGGCACAUUCAAAGCAAUAAUCAACCUCCACAGCCCCCGGUUCCACCAUUAGGUUACAUGUCCGGAGCCUUGAUUUCCGAUUUGGAAACAGAUGUUCCAGAUGAUGAUGCUGAUGAUGAGGAGGAAGCUUUAGAAAUCCCCCGGCCCCUGAGAGCACUAGAGCAGACACCUGGAUCCAGUAUGGACAAUCUAGACAGCUCUGUGACAGGCAAAGCUUUUACCUCCUCUCAAAGACCUCGGCCUACCAGCCCAUUUUCUACUGACAGUAAUACCAGUGCAGCCCUGAGUCAAAGUCAGAGGCCUCGGCCCACUAAAAAACACAAGGGAGGGCGAAUGGACCAACAACCAGCAUUGCCUCAUCGAAGGGAAGGAAUGACAGAUGAUCUUCCACCACCACCAGAUCCCCCUCCAGGUCAGGGUUUAAGGCAGCAAAUAGGCCCGAGCCAGCAUGCUGGUAACGUGGAAAACUCAACAGAGAGAAAAGGAAGCUCUCUGGAGACACCACCAGCAUCCAACUUAGAAGACACAAAGAGCUCAUUGGAUUGUCCAGCUAGAACGUCCCUAGAGUGGCAGCGACAAACCCAAGAAUGGAUAAACUCCACAGAACGCCAAGAAGAUAUACGGAAAGCCCUACACAAACAAAGUGUUGGACCAGAGGAGACAUUGGUGCCCUACAGCAAGCCCAGUUUCCCAUCUCCAGGAGGUCACAGCUCAUCAGGAACAGCUUCUUCUAAAGGAUCCACUGGACCAAGGAAAGCCGAGGCAUUGAGGGGAAGUCACCAGCGCAAUGCCAGUGACCUUCUUGACAUAGGAUAUAUGGGCUCAAAUAGUCAAGGACAGUUUACAGGUGAAUUAUAGUAACUGAGAGGAGACAUGCAAAGCUGCUCUGAAGGACCACCAGGUCUGAACUCAUGGAAGUGAUGACACGAAACAGUGCAAUGAACAAUUUCUUUAUUUAUGUACAAUUAAAAGAACUGUAAAUGCAAUGUAAAGACACACAGCCACACAUAUCCCACAGAUAUUUUACUUGUGUUCUUCUCUUAAGUACACCACCCACCUUAACUCUUUCUUGUCAGGAGUAUAUAAAAAAGACAGAAAAGAAAACCCGCCCUCCAGGAAGAAAAGGAUUUUCCUCUGUAUAUAAUUUCUUUUGUGCAUUGCUAUGCAAGCUCACUCUUUUUAGAUCUGUUCAUACUAUUGUCUGUUUUCAUUGGUCUGUUGUACUAUAUGUGAAUUAAUAGGCUGUGGUGCCAUAUAUUAACUUUUAAUUGUG